AUGACGGUCGCCAGCACGGCGAGCGGCCUGUUGGCGAUGCUGCAGGAGCAGCAGCCGCAGCUCAAGAAAUACGCGCUGCACAAUCUCAACUCUCUCGCGGAUUCCUUCUGGCACGAGAUUUCGGCAAGCAUUUCCACUAUCGAGAGCUUCUACGAGGAUGAGUAUUUUGAGCAGAGAGAGCUCGCUGCGCUUGUGGCUUCCAAGGUGUUCUAUUAUUUGGGCGAGCACAACGACUCGCUAACUUACGCUCUAGGUGCGAACUCUCUCUUCGAUGUUCUGGAAGACUCCGACUAUGUCAGAACACUCGUGGCCAAAUGCCUGGAUCACUAUAUCGCUCUUCGGAAAACACGAGAAGGGGAAGGGGCAACCGCCAUUGAUCCUCGCCUUGUUGCAAUCGUGGAAAGGAUGCUUGACAAGUGCAUGCAGGAUAGAAAGUAUCAGCAAGCAAUAGGCAUGGCGUUGGACUCGCAAAGGCUUGACAAACUCCAGGAGGCCAUCCGGAAGAGUGAGAAUGUGCCAGGAAUGCUUGCGUACUGCUUUCGGCUGGCUCGGACUCAUGUUGACAAGCGAGAGUUUCGGCAAGAGGUUCUCCGUUUAAUUGUAAACCAGCAUCAGGGGCUCCAUUCUCCGGACUAUCUCACAGUCUGCCAGUGCCUAAUGUUUCUAAAUGAUCCUCAAACUGUCGCUAAUAUUCUUGACAAGCUUAUCAAAGGAGACAAGAUCGAAGCACUUUUGGCUUAUCAGAUCGCCUUCGAUUUGUUUGAAAACGAGAAUCAGCUGUUCCUACUAAACGUGAGGGACCGUUUGCCUGAGGCUCGGGCUGGAAGUAGUUCAGGCGGGGGUGAAAAUACGGAAACUACAGAACAAAACGGAAUGAUGGACGUUUCAACAAGUGCAGAAGCAGCCACUAACGUCGAGGAUUCCCAGGAUAAUAUCUAUGUCGACAGGAUGGGGAAAUUGAAGGGCAUUCUUUCUGGAGAAACACCUAUCCAUCUCACUUUACAGUUUUUAUACAGCCGUAACAAGUCCGACCUCCUUAUUCUGAAGACUAUCAAGCAUUCAGUUGAAACGAGAAACAGUGUUUGUCACAGCGCUACAAUAUACUCCAAUGCUUUGAUGCAUGCGGGGACAACAGUGGAUACGUUUUUGCGCGAUAAUCUGGAUUGGCUGAGUCGGGCCACCAAUUGGGCAAAGUUUAGUGCAACGGCUGGGCUGGGUGUUAUUCACAGAGGUCAUUUGCAGCAGGGCCGCUCUUUAAUGGCCCCAUAUCUACCUCAAGAUGGUGGGACUGGUGGGGGAAGUCCAUACUCGGAAGGUGGAGCUCUUUACGCUUUAGGACUAAUACAUGCUAACCACGGUGAAGGAAUCAAGUCGUUCUUACUAGAAAGCUUGAGAAAAACAAACAAUGAGGUGAUCCAACAUGGUGCUUGUCUUGGACUAGGACUAGCCGCACUGGGCACUGCCGACGAUGAAAUCUAUGAAGACAUAAAACAUGUACUGUAUACAGACAGCGCCAUCGCUGGCGAGGCGGCAGGGAUUGCUAUGGGUCUGCUUAUGGUUGGAAGCGCCAGCGAUAAAGCCGGAGAAAUGCUCACGUAUGCUCACGAUACACAACACGAGAAGAUUAUAAGGGGGCUGGCUCUUGGAAUAGCGCUGGUUGUCUAUGGUCGUGAAGAAGAAGCAGAUACUUUGAUCGAGCAGAUGACAAGGGAUCAGGAUCCUAUUCUUCGCUAUGGUGGCAUGUACGCCCUGGCUCUGGCUUAUAGAGGCACGUCUAACAACAGUGCUAUCCGCCGUCUGCUGCAUUUUGCCGUUUCGGACGUGAGUGACGAUGUCCGAAGAGCAGCAGUUUUGGCUCUUGGAUUCGUGCUAUGUUCUGAUCCUACUCAGACUCCAAAAAUUGUCUCCCUUUUGUCGGAGUCGUACAACGCUCACGUUCGUUACGGCGCGGCUAUGGCUGUCGGAAUCUCCUGUGCUGGAACUGCGUCCAGUGAGGCGAUCUCGCUUCUGGAACCUUUGACGUCAGACGCUGUGGACUUUGUUCGCCAGGGAGCACUUAUGGCUAUGGCGAUGGUUCUGAUGCAGGCUACCGAAGCCCGAGAGCCUCACGUUGCUGUUUUCAGGCGUCAACUCGACAAAAUUGUUAGUGACAAACACGAGGACACGAUGAGCAAGAUGGGAGCCAUACUGGCGUAUGGUAUACUAGAUGCCGGAGGCAGGAAUGUGACCAUAUCUCUGCAGUCGCGAACUGGUCACGACCGGGUGAUGGCAGUCGUGGGGAUGGCCGUUUUCACCCAGUUUUGGUACUGGUACCCGCUGACGUACUUCGUCAGCCUCUCUUUCGCACCAACAGCAUUCAUCGGACUCAACCACGAGCUGAGGAUGCCGAAGUUUGACAUCAUCUCUGAUGCGAAGCCCGCGUUGUUUGCAUAUCCUGCGCCGACAGCGCCUCCAUCCGUCAACGUGAACAUCAAGCUCCCCACGGCGGUUCUAUCCACGUCCGGCCGCUCCAAGUCGAAAGCAAAGAAAGACACAGACGCGAAGACGAAGGCAGAGAAGCAGCCUGAUACGAGCUCGCAGAUGGACGUCGGCAGUAGCACAGGUGCCACGGCAGCCACGUCCGAAGCAGCUUCUACUGCUGAACCUCCGGAGGAAUCGUCCUCAGGGAAAGAAGCAGCGAAAGAUGGCAGCGAGGCUAUGGAGGUGGACAGUGCUGUCGAGAAGAAGGCUGUAAAUCCCGAGGCCACCUCCGAGGUUUUGAGCAAUCCAGCGCGAGUGAUCCCACUCCAGGAGAAGUAUGUCCGGUUCCCGGAGGGCUGCCGCUACGCUCCAGUGAAGAGAACUCCGGCGGGAUUCGUGAUGCUGCGAGACUUGGAGCCGUCGGAGCCAGUGGAGCUCGUCUCCACCGAUUCGCCAGCGUCGCCAGCUCCAGCAGGAGGAGCAAAUGGAGCUCCCGCCGCCGCUCCAAUCCCAAUGGGAGGCGUCGAUUUGGAGCCAGCUCCUCCCGAGCCUUUUGUUUACGUGCCUUGAAUCGUUCAUCGUUCUAUGGGUACUUGUUUUGUUUGAAACUCUUCGUUUUAGCCCAGAACUUUGGAACUGGCAAGAAAAAUAACGGCUGGGAACUCGCCACGAC